CUGCACAUUUUUCCGUGGAUAGUGAUCUUUCGCCUGGGAUUUGUCUUCCUGAACUCUGCAGACUCCUGCGCAGAUUUUAAGCGUAGGAAAAAAACCAUUAGACGGAAAAAACAAAAGUCAGAGUUUACCUGCCGCACCUGUACAUGGAGUGAAAGUAAAUGUCACAUGCACAGGCUGAACACCUGUGAUCUGUGUCUUUACCUGAAAUGGAUCAUCGGUAUAUUCUGGCCUGGUUCGUCUUUAUCUUCUGCCGGGUUGAUGGAGAGUCUCUAUAUGGACUGAAGGGGCUGAGUGUCAGCUUGAAGCCAGCCCUCCCUGACAAACCUGCGGACAUCCUGUGGAAACAUAAUGGCAACAAAGCGGUAGAGUUUGGUGGAUAUGAGAAUUAUGUUUACGGCACAUUUAAAAACAGGACCACUCUUGACUGGCACACUGCAGACAUUGAAAUCACUGACCUCAGAUAUGAAGACGGCGGAAACUAUGAAUUGGAAGCAACCAUUAACAACAAGCUUCACCGGUCAUCUAAGACAUUGGUGGUCAUAGACACGGUUCCCAAGCCCACCAUAUCCUGUAAGAUGAACAAUGACAGCAGCUCUAAAAAAUCUGGAACGCUGGAAUGCUCUGCAGAUUACAAACACAGUCAAACUCGAUCCUUACUGAAGUUUGAGUGGGGAUCACAUGGAAAUGUGCAGCCUGGUCCACAGUUAACAAUAUCUCUGGGGCAUGAACAUGAUGGCCAUGAAUACAUUUGUAAUGUGAGCAACCCCAAGAGUAGUGAAACAACUACAUUUACUGCAAAGGAUUGCUACCCUGACGAAAGUUCAUCUGUACCAUUGGCUGUCGGCCUAGCCGUCCUCUUUUUAAUCAUUUUUGUGGUGUUGGUUUUGGGUAUAGCAUAUAGCUGCUACAGGAAACGUAAAGCAUGUUUUGCAGUGAAGGGAGAUGAGGAGUCACCACCUGGUUCAACAAAAAAUGUUUCAGACGAUCAUAACACGACUGCUCAGGUUGAAGAAAAAGAGCAUCUUCUUCCUUCCUCUUCUUCAAAUCAACCACCUCACACAGGUUUAGAUGGAACGACUGCUCUGGGUGAUGGAAAUAGCCAAAAUGUUAAUGAAGCAUAUCAGCGAGAUGGGAAAACGAACAAUGGCAAGGCUCCUCCUGUCCGUCCACGUGGUGCAUUGUCUCCAGAAGCAGCAAAGAAAGAGGACCCAGCUGUUGGAUUGGCCGACUCAGAGGAGGAGAAAAAGUCUCAUCAGGAAUCCUCCGCUGCUCCUGAAGAGCCAGGUUUGGAAACUACACUGUCUGAGUCAGAGUUAAAGGAGGCAGAGCAGGAUGGGAAAGCGAAUGUUCCUUCAGAUAGUGUCUUUCCUGCAAAGGCACUUUCGCCAUUAACCCAAAACUCUCCAAAUGUGGACAUAGACAAACCUAUUUCUACACCUGAAAAGGAACCAGCGAUGUAUGGGGACACAGCCCUAUACAAACAAAACCAGACAACGAGCACACCAAUACUUUGCAAGAGUCUCCAGACACUCCACACAAAACUCCAGAUCAAGAGAGUUGUUGAGUCUAGUGAGGAUGAAGAUGAAACAGCCUAGUGUGGCCCAAAAGAAAAAAAAGCCAGACCAGUGAGAGCCUUAGUGAGGAUAAAAGAAAAAAGAAAGAUGAAGUUGUUGCAUAUGCCAUCAUACAAUUUGGCAAAAUGAAAAAAGAAAUUUGAAGAAAGAAGCAGACAGUGAAAUCAAAGUUACAUAUUUUAAACACAACAGAGCAGAAGGAUAAGAUCAUUACAAACACAUAAAAUUCAUACUUGUUUAUACCUUUCUCUUAAUGUUUCUCUUUUAACUGCUUAGCUUUGUUAAUACCAAUAAUUUGUAAUAUAAUAUUAAUAUAUUUUUAUAUUAUUCAUGUAAUGAGUUUGGCAUCAUUACUCUACAUUUAAUGUACAUCUCACUUCAUCAAACAUCUAAACAAAUCAGCUAUUGACACUACAUAUGUUUUAAAAAUCAAGUAACAAGACGUCAUAUAAUUGAUUCAGUUAAACAAAUGAACAGCACUAAUGCAGCGCUGAUGAAUUUCAUGCUGUGAACUUUGACUUUACAUAUAGAAACCCCAGAAUAACAGAAAUAAUCCUCAUAUUUUACCUUAGUCAUGAGGUAGACUUUAUGGUGCUAGGAAAGUAUUGAAGCAAAAUGCUUUAUUCAAGAGUUAAAAUAUUAAAAUAUCAGUAUAUAUCCCUGUUGAUGAAGGUACUUUAAAAUAUCUGUCGUGUUAUAUACGUAGUUAUGUCAGAAUAUACAAACCUGAUUCCAAAAACAGUGGGACACUCGAGACAGAUUCUCUGAAUUCUUAAUGAUAUUAUGGGUUGUAAACUGUUGAACUACUUGCACACUUAGUUUCUCACAGUAGUGAACCUUGCCCCAUCCUUGCUUGUGAGCUUCGAGGAUGCCCCUUUCAUACACAGUCAUGAUGUAGUUACCAGUUUACCUGUUGAAUGUUUCAAACUAGUGUUUUGUUUUGUUUUUUAAACAUCUUUCCAAGUGUUUUGUUGCUCCCUUCCCAACCUUUUGGAUUGUGCUGCAGGCAUGAAGUCAUGAGUUUAUAUUUACAGUUUUACACAACAUUAGUUUGUUCAUCAAUUUGAAUAUUAAAUAUCUUUUAUUCAUAUUUGUUGUAAUUUAGUUGAAUAUCAGUUGAAAAGGAUCAAAUCAUUGGAUUCUCUUUUUAUUUCCCUUUUAUACAGUGCCAACCUUUUUGGAAUCAGUGGUUGUAAAAGUAAACGUUGUACCCGUUGGUGAAGAUGUAUCGUUGUCAGAUAUUUGUUCUUUCAGGUACUUUUUGUACUUGUACUGUUUUGUGCACUUUUAGCAGCUUCUUUCUGUUAGUUGAUUGCAUUGAAAAUAUUUAAGCUCACUGUACAUUUGUCAUAUUAGUUACUUUGUCAUUUCAACUGUUUGUGUUUUGUUAAACUUUCUCUUGUUGCUGUUCGUGAAUGUUUUAAUAAAGGCAACACUAGCGUGA